AUAUGCGAUAAAAACGGCAGCACAUCGAGUGGUAUCGACCACCUUUAUUUUUCCAGCAUUCUCUCAUUUUUAAACAUUUUAUUUUAUCUUUACUUAAAAAUGAGAAAUGUAAAAUGCUAAUUUGUAGCACAACUGGAGUAUGGAACCACUUUAUUCCACGGUGUUUGGCCCGUGCGGCAUUGGAGACCACACAUUGGCGGAGAUCUCCGGCCCUCCUAACAGUGGGAAAAGCUUGGUUCUUCAACAACUGAUCGCGCAUUGUGCUCUGCCCUACAGAUUUGGAGGCCGGCAAUGGAAGGUUUUUUUGAUCAGCCUGAGCCACAAAAUCACCCGGGAAUCCUUGGGCAAGGUCGUACGCGCAGAGUUACAGGCAUUUUCAAAAGGCGAAGGCGAACCGCCAGCCGAGGAGGAGCUGACCGAGAUCGCAAUGCAGUGCAUCGGCCGGGUCAGCUUCAUAAAGUGCUCUUCCACGGCGGAUGUAAAGUAUACGCUGUCCAAUAUCCCAUUCGUGGAACUGGUCGCCAUGGACACGCUCGGCGAGUUCUACUGGCUGGAUGCAGCGGCCGGGAAUCAUAACGUUACCAAGUACAGGUACUACCGGCAAUACCAGGGUUAUCUGGACCGGAUCUGUAAGACGGAAAUGAUGGUAUGUGGCAUGUACACUGUGGACUCCAGGUUUGUGAACUCCAGAUACAAUGAGGAAAUCCCAGGAGCUAAAAUAGAUUACAAGCUUGAGUUAAGACCUCGGGGGCGCGUAUUUAUGAAUAGAAUGCCUCUGUCAUUUAGAAAUGGUAUUAUAGAAAUAAGCCAGGAAGCUGACUGAUGUAACUUUAACCCACGCGGGUGCGGUAAAUACAUAAUUAAACACAA